AUGCUAAAUCUCCCAACUUCAAUCACUACCCCCUUCAAAUGGGCACUCAAUUUCAUUCAAAAUUAUUACCAACAACCACAAAUACCGGAAAAUAACGGUAACCAUGAAGAACUAAAGAUAUACAAGUACAAGACAAGUGGUGCUGAAGAAUUUGAAUGCGCAAUUUGUUUGAGCAAGAUUGAAGAAGACUCGGAGAUUAGAGAGUCGAGAUGUGUUCAUAUAUUUCAUAGGGUUUGUUUAGACCGAUGGGUUUAUGGCUAUGGCCGGAGCUCUUGUCCUCUUUGCAGAAACUCUGUCGGUCCACGUAGGUUUAUCAGUGAUCUUCGUCUUGAAGUUUUGGUUUUUAAGUUUUCUUCUUUUACUUCUUCUGAUGAUCGUGAUACAUGGUGGCUCCGGUGA